UAUUUGACCUUGUCAUUUCUUGUCACACACGAAAAGGUUUUACUGUCACAAGCAGAAAUUGUCAUCAUCUGCAGGAUAAUUUAAAGAAUUCGUGUCAAUUUCCAUUUGUACGAUUAAAUUUACUGUCGAGAACUUGUACUAGUUUUGACAUAAAUAACAAUCGUGAAAAAUCAACAAAAAUGGCUCUUAAUAAAUUGAGUAUUGACAAAGUUGAUAUCACCGGCAAAAGGGUUCUUAUUCGGGUCGAUUUCAAUGUUCCGUUAAAAGAGGGGAAAAUAACGAAUAAUCAAAGAAUUGUUGCUGCCCUAGACACGGUGAAAUAUGCUUUAGAAAAGAAGGCCAAAUCAAUAGUUCUAAUGUCACAUUUGGGUCGUCCUGAUGGAAAUAAAAAUCUCAAAUAUACCAUGAAACCCGUUGCCGAUGAACUAAAGACACUUCUUGGAAAGGAUAUUCUCUUUUUAGAUGAUUGCGUUGGCGCCGCUGUUGAGGCAGCUUGUGCUGAUCCAGCACCAGGAACUAUUAUUUUACUCGAAAAUUUACGAUUCCAUGUUGAGGAGGAGGGAAAAGGCGUUGGGCCUGACGGCAGUAAGAUGAAAGCCGAUAAGGAUAAAGUGACGGAAUUUCGUGCAUCGUUGAGAAAAUUGGGCGAUGUUUAUAUAAAUGACGCUUUUGGAACAGCUCAUCGUGCUCAUAGUUCAAUGAUGGGCGAUGGUUUCGAUAUUAGAGCUAGUGGUUUUCUUUUGAAGAAGGAAUUGCAAUAUUUCGCGAAAGCACUCGACAAUCCCGAGAAACCGUUCCUGGCGAUUCUUGGCGGUGCUAAAGUUGCCGAUAAAAUUAUGUUAAUUGACAAUUUAUUGGCAAAAGUCAAUGAAAUGAUUAUUGGAGGUGGCAUGGCGUACACAUUUUUAAAAGUCACCAAAGACAUGAAAAUUGGAAAUUCCUUAUUCGAUGAGGAGGGUUCGAAGAUCGUGAAAGUCCUUCUGGAGAAAGCGGAGAAGAAUAACGUGAAAAUUCACCUUCCGGUUGAUUUUGUCACCGCUGAUAAAUUCGCCGAAGAUGCUGCGGUUGGAGCCGCUGAUGUGGCAAGCGGAAUUCCCGAUGGAUGGAUGGGUCUCGACGUUGGACCAAAAACAAGGGAACUUUUUGCUGAGCCAAUUUUACGAGCCAAAGUGAUUGUUUGGAAUGGACCAGCUGGUGUAUUUGAAUUUGAAAACUUCGCCAAGGGAACAAAAUCCCUGAUGGACAAUGUCGUCACAGCCGGAAGUAAAGGCGCAGUGACGAUUAUUGGCGGUGGUGAUACGGCAACUUGCGCCGCAAAAUGGAAAACCGAAGACAAAGUCAGUCAUGUAAGUACUGGUGGCGGUGCAAGUUUAGAACUUCUCGAGGGCAAAGUUUUACCCGGUGUUGCAGCACUUUCACCAUCUUAAAAAUUAUUCCUAGUUCAUUGAAAAGACUACAAUAUACGUAAAUAAGUGUUAAUAUUUAAACGAUUUAAACAUUUUCCCCCUUGUAAGUAAAGAGUUGUUACCAUUUCGAAGAGAACAAAAAAAUACUAUUUAAUGUGAGAGAAAUGUUAAUAAAAUUAAAUCAAACUGGA